AUGGCUUGCCAUGGCAAAACUCCAACUUCCUGUCGGAGACCAGCUUCCAUACUAAAUCAUGAAUUCGCCGUGAAACUAUCGCAAGCCGAAUCUGAACUUUCGAGCCACGAUGAACUUUCAAGUCACGAUCACAUGCACGACGUGCGCGAGUCAGAUGCUUCCCUGCACGAAAGCACUCAGCUCUCCAUUACGACACCAUACGACCGCGGCUCACCUGCUUCGUACGAUGAAUGA